AUGUCACCACAUGCGGCUGCCUCCACACCUGCAGUGUCACCACAUGUGGCGGCCUCCACACCUGCUGUGUCACCUCAUUUGGCGGCCUCCACACCUGCAGUGUUACCACAUGUGGCGGCCUCCACACCAGCUGUGUCACCUCAUUUGGCGGCCUCCACACCUGCAGUGUUACCUCUUGUGGAGGCCUCCACACCUGCUGUGUCACCUCAUGUGGCGGCCUCCACACAUGCAGUGUUACCACAUUUGGUGGCCUCCACACCUGCUGUGUUACCACAUGUAGCAGCCUCCACACCUGCUGUGUCACCACAUGUGGCGGCCUCCACACAUGCUAUGUCACCACAUGCGGCUGCCUCCACACCUGCAGUGUCACCACAUGUGGCGGCCUCCACACCUGCUGUGUCACCUCAUUUGGCGGCCUCCACACCUGCAGUGUUACCACAUGUGGCGGCCUCCACACCUGCUGUGUCACCUCAUUUGGCGGCCUCCACACCUGCAGUGUUACCUCUUGUGGAGGCCUCCACACCUGCUGUGUCACCUCAUGUGGCGGCCUCCACACAUGCAGUGUUACCACAUUUGGUGGCCUCCACACCUGCUGUGUUACCACAUGUGGCAGCCUCCACACCUGCUGUGUCACCACAUGUGGCGGCCUCCACACAUGCUAUGUCACCACAUGCGGCUGCCUCCACACCUGCAGUGUCACCACAUGUGGCGGCCUCCACACCUGCUGUGUCACCUCAUUUGGCGGCCUCCACACCUGCAGUGUUACCUCUUGUGGAGGCCUCCACACCUGCUGUGUCACCUCAUGUGGCGGCCUCCACACAUGCAGUGUUACCACAUUUGGUGGCCUCCACACCUGCUGUGUUACCACAUGUGGCGGCCUCCACACCUGCUGUGUCACCACAUGUGGCGGCCUCCACACAUGCUAUGUCACCACAUGCGGCUGCCUCCACACCUACAGUGUCACCACAUGUGGCGGCCUCCACACCUGCAGUGUCACCACAUGUGGCGGCCUCCACACCUGUAGUGUCACCACAUGUGGCGGCCUCCACACCUGUAGUGUCACCACAUGUGGCGGCCUCCACACCUGCUGUGUCACCACAUGUUGCGGCCUCCACACCUGCUGUGUCACCACAUGUUGCGGCCUCCACACCUGUAGUGUCACCACAUGUGGCGGCCUCCACACCUGCUGUGUCACCACAUGUUGCGGCCUCCACCCCGGCAGUGUCACAAUUCAUUUAG